AAUAAAAAAAAAAUUCUUUAAAUGUAAGGUUUGCUACGUCAUGUGUCGUAUUUACGUUCAGGAGGUUCAGAUGUCCGAGGAUCACCUGAACGCAGCGCAGACUCUGGUUCUGAGCGAAGCGCAGAGAGUGAAGCUCGUUGCUGCGACGUCUGAAAGCAAAUAUCAGCUCAGCAUGGAGAGUCCUCCGGAGGCAGCAGCUGACUCUUCAGCACGCAGCUUCUCCCAGGUGCUGUUCACGGACAUCCCUCACUCCUACCGGCCCUCAGCCCCCAUCACCUGCUGCUACAGCCUCACUGCCACCUUCCAGGCCAGCACCAGGGACUGGGUGGGCAUCUUUAAGGUUGGAUGGAGCACCACUAAGGAUUAUCAUACCUUCGUCUGGGUGGAGACCACUGUGGAUGCAGAGCAACAUUCUCUGACCAGACAGGUGGUUUUCAAGGAAUACUACCUGCCUAAAGACGAGGUCGAGUUUUACCAGUUCUGCUACGUCGACGGUGCCGGCCAGGUGCGAGGAGCCAGCACUCCUUUCUGCUUCAGGAAUCCAGCGGAGCAGAGCAUGGAGAUCAGCCCUGACGACGAGCUGCUGGUCAUCACGACACAGGAACAGGUCGAACAGAGCGUCCGAGAGAAAGCCGAGCUGCAGAAAGAGCUGGAUCUGAUGAAAGCCGAGCACGAAACCGUGAAAAGUGCCUUACAGAAGGAGCAGCAAGAAGCCGCCAACCUCAAGGAGCAGAACGAACAGAGAGAGAAAGAAAGAAGCGACCUGGUCAAAGAGUUGGAUCAAGUCAGACGGCAAAAUGAAAACCUCAAAAGCACUUUAGAGCAGCAGCUGAAGGAAAACCAAAACUUGAAGGAGGAGAUGUUGGUCCAGAUGACCAACCAGAUGGAGAUACAGCAACGCAAGACUCAAAGCCUGAGUUUGGGCGGCGCUUCGAGAACAAAUGAGGAGAAAUACGACCGAGCCGUGAUGAAGAUCAACCAGCUGAAAGAGGAGCGAGAGGAGCUGAGGGGGAAGCUCGACGUCCAGAGUGAGGAGAUUUCCAAGCUGAACGCCAAACUGAGAGAAGGAGAACGAGAGCUGUUCAUAACAAAAGACAGAAUCCAGCUUCUACAGGUCGACCUUCAGAGCAGCGAGAAGGAGAAGGACAGACUCUCUGCAGAGCUGCAAAGGUUGCAAAGCCUCACGCUGAGCAUGGACGAAGUGAAGAGAGAGAACCAGGAGCUGUGCAGGAGGCUGUCGCAGCAGGACGCGCCGCAGAACGCGCCGCAGAACGCACCGCAGAACGCUCCGCAGAACGCGCCGCAGAACGCUCCAGAGGACGAGCUGAAGGUGCGCUGCCAGACUCUCUCCAGGCAGCUUCAGGACGCUCAGGAGAAGCUGGCGGCUGAGAAGGAGUCGUCGAAGAACACCAAGAGACGGGCCGAGUUUCUGGAGAAAGAGCUGCAAGAAGUGAAGCAGCAGCUGAACAGUCUGAUCCCGUUAUACGAGCAGGAACAACGGAAAAGCAGCAAGUAUGAGCUCCAACUCGAACAGAUGAAUGAAAUGAUGGCCGAUAAGAACAUCGCCUCAGACGAGAGGGAACAAGUGAUCCGGCUGGUGAAACAGGAGCAGGAAGAGCUGGAGAGGGAAAACCAGAAACUCCGAGGCGACAUCGAGAGGCUGCGUAGAGCUUACAGCGACAUCCAGGCAGGUUCUGGAGACUCGCCGUCCGUUCAGGAUUACAUAAUCACACCGGUCGGCGACGCUUCAGAAGCUCCAGACCAGGAAGAGACGCCUGAACAGAGCGAGCAGCUGUACGAGAUGAUGGGUACUGCAGGACAACAACAAGAGGAGGAGGAAGAGGAGGUCCUGGUGUGUCGUCACUGCCAGGAGAGCUUCCCCGGCAUCACCCAGAGCGAGCUGGAGCAGCACGAGCAGAGCCACCGGGUGUGCCCCUUCUGCACGAUGAUCUGCGACGGCAUGGAGCAGUCUGUGUUCGAAGACCACGUCUACGGCCACGAGCUGUGAGAGCAGCGCUGCGAGGUCUGCAAACGUCUUACAACAAGCACGAAGGACCAUUUCACUCGUUUACGGCAAAUCGCACGACUGUUUUCCAAAUCGUUUGAGCUCCGAGCGUCUCAUCACUCGAGCCUGCAGAGACCUGAAACCCGCCUGCGUCAUUUAAUCCAUCACGGCGAGCGUCGUGUCCUCAUUUAUUUUUGGUCAAACGUUGAUCUCCUCGCCGCACGGUAGUAAAUUUAAGAUUUGUUUUGAAAGCUCUGCAGUGUGCGCUGGGUGUCCGGUGGCAUUUUUAGCCAUAAUGCCCCACAAAAUUAAAAGCAUUUAUCUGUACCUUUAAAAAAAACAAGUGUACAAUUGGCAGAAGUCCAGCCAAGAAAUCAAAGUUUUGUUUACGUUAUCCAGAACACACUUAUUUCUUGUUCUGCCUUCAUCUUAAUCAGGUCACAUCAGCGAUUAUAUUAAUCUCAAUCAAAACAAUCUUGACUUUUCCAACAUGAGGUUUGAUUUGUUUGCCAAAGAUUUAGUAAAUUUGUCAGCUCUUUAAUUAAGUUUUCCUCCUGGCAGGUAGUGACCUAGAUAUAUCUGAGUAGAGCUCACUUUUCGGGGGGGAAAAAAGUAGCUAAGUUCUUAUUUAAAUCACAAACUAUUGGAUCAAUAAGUAAACAACAAGGUUAGGCAAUCUGGAUUUUAGUGUGACAGACUUUGACCCUGAACCGUGCAAAGAAUUUAACAGAUAAACGGGUCAAAAGUUAAAAAUUGGAAUCCUCAGCUUAAAAAUAGCAGCUGACCAAUAAGUUUGUUCUGGAGCCGAUGCAGAUCUGGUUUCAAGUAAUCAAGGAGACCGAAAGGACGUGUAUUUGGAACUGAUAUACAUUUGUUAUUAAAAUGAAAAUAGGAGUGUUAGAAUUUGAAAUAACCUUCUUCAAAUACUUCAGUUCUGCGUGUUUAUUUUAGAGAAACUCUGAAUGUUUAUCCUUCACAUUUGACUAUUAUUGGCAAAAAUGCACCAAUCAGACUGAGAUAAGCGGCUGCAUCAGUGCCAAAAUCAUGCAUUUGAAAAAAUAUUUCAUCUAAAUUAGCCAAAAAAAGUCAAGAAUAAUCCUAAAAAUGCUAAAUAUUGGAUCUAAUAAUCGAUCACAUUAAUAAUCGGGUCAAUCCUGUGGAAAACAGUCGGCAGGAACACGAACACAAUUUGCCGUAAAUGGGUUAAAACAUGCCAAAGCAGCGAUACGGUUCUUUAAGGAGGUGAAUCCAUAAUAUAAGAAUGGCACCAUUAACAUUUAAUAUAUUAACCAGUGUUUCUCAUUUACAGUACAACGUUUCAUUUAGCGUCUCUCAGAAGAAGUUCUGAACUUUAUUUAACCUGGUUUCUGAUGAAUGUUGGCUGCAGAAGUGGAUCCAUGUGAAUAACUAAGUGCAUUUAAAUGAAUAAUAAAAACUCAAACACCA